ACUUUGUAUUGGUGGCGCGCCAGCUGUUCCAUUGAUUGUACUUACAGUUUUAAGGUCACAGAUGAAUACCAUAUUUUUCGAAAAGCAGCUGGACUGCUAUAUGCUACAUACUAUCUAAGUAAUUUCAAUAAUAAUCAUAUCGCAAAGCAAUAUAUUUUUAAAGAAAAUAGAUUUUGAAUUGGCUUUAUAUUUCGUAUAUAUAUCAUCUUCUACAAGAUCUACUUCCGGGAUGGAAUAUCUCAGAUUCUGAUUACAACAUGAAUAUUCAUUGCAUUAAUAUUCAUGUAGGCUUUUUCAAAAAGUUUAUUUGUAUGAACAAUUUUUAUUACAUUUGCAAUUAAAAAUACAAAAAUAUUGUUUGAUAUAUUAAUUAAAAUUGUAAAUAAUUUUUUAAUGAUUUAAAACCCUUUGCCAUAAAUAAUAAUGAAUGAUUGACGAAACUGUAAAACUCAAUUGAAGAAAUAGUUAAAGUCUGAUGACGUCACAUUCUUCCAUUUUAUAUUGGUGUAUGCAGCCUCGUGGUCUAUAUACCGAUACAAGGAGUUGGCAAAUUUAGGAGCUUCAGUUCUUCACCACAUUUAGUCAAGAUGAAUGCUGAUAAGUUGUCAAAGAUCCAAAAGGAAGUCAGAAUAGGUGGCAAAGGCACCGCCAGGAGAAAAAGGAAAGUCAUCCACAAAUCCACAACCACAGACGACAAGAAAUUACAAGGAUCAUUAAAGAAAUUAGCUGUAAAUAAUAUUCCUGGUAUUGAAGAGGUUAAUAUGAUCAAAGAUGACGGAACUGUGAUUCAUUUCAACAACCCUAAAGUACAGGCAUCAUUAGCAGCCAACACGUUUGCAAUCAGUGGGCAUGCAGAGAACAAGCAGCUUACAGAUAUGCUUCCUAGUAUCAUGAACCAAUUGGGCAUGGAUAGUUCAAGUUUUGGAAAGCCUGGUGAUGGUAUCCCUAUUGAAGAGACAGGUGGCAAGGCAGAUAAACCUGAUACUAUUGAUGAAGAAGAAGAGGAUGUACCAGAAUUGGUUGGAGACUUUGAUGCGCCGUCCAAGCAGGAAUCUUAGAAGAGGGGCCUCUGAAAGACGGACGACUCUGGAGACCUGCUUUGUGUCAAGACAAGCCAAGUGUGGAGACAUUCUCAAGAAUUUUGAUCUAUUACCGGACUUUUCCUGCUGCUGCCCUCAGCUUAGGCCAGCUUGGACUUGUGUCAGCGAAAGAACUGGCAUUUGUUUUCAUCCCGCUUACCAAGAGGAGUUAUAUUCUAAGCUCUUCUUGUUGACCCCUUUACGUUCGGAGGGGAGAAGUACCUCAUCCUACUUGGAGAAUACCUUUGUAGAACUCUUUAUAUCGUAUACACAGUAUAUUUUACUUUUUUAUAUGAAUAAGUUCAUUUGUGAAUCCUCACAAUAAGAUUUCAUGUUUUAUAAUCUUUCAAGCUCAUGAUUUCUCCCAGAGAGGUCAUGGGGUAUCAACAAAUUUCUGUAUAUUAACACACACAAAAAAAAUUAAUUGCUAUUUUCUUGAUGUGGAAGAAUUUCAUCGUGGCAAUGGAUGAAGUUAAAGAAAUUAAUCGGUUUUCUCACAGAGUGAAAAAAGAUGUUUAAAAAAAUACUGGCAAACGUUUGAUCUAUCAUGAGACAACCAAUUAAUUUCUUCAACUUGAUGCUAUUUGCUUGUACAUCUUGGUGAAUUCCUUGGGUUAAAACUGAUUUCAUUCACUUGUUUCAUGCAGUUUGUAGUGAUAAGGCACUUUGCAUAUCACGAGUGUUGCAAAGUAAAAUUCAUGCUGUUUGUCGAACCAAAACACAUACCUGAACUGUUGAAUAUAAUGAGUGAAUGGAAUCGUUAGUAACCAGCCACUCGACUAAGAUGUAUGCAGUAGUGAGUUUAAAAUUUGAUUAUUGUAUGUCUUAACCGGUUUCAACUAGUUGCAACUGAUUCUGAUAGGUACCCUUAUCAAGUUGAUAUUUUCUAGGGUAGCAAAUCGGAACCGAUCAUGACCACUUGAAACCAGUUACGAUUUCCGGUUAUCAAACUUGAUAUACUUUGUGAGGCACUCUGAAGUACAUGUCUAAUGAUAAUUCUGAGCUUAACUUAGACGUACAAUAUGAUACAACAAUGUGUAAUUUAUAGCUUUCAGGUCAUGUCUUCACAACAUUGGUUUCAUCAUUUUUUAUAUGGAAUAUAAUUUGCAAUAUCUGGUAGGUGUUCAAAAUUGACUCUUAUGUUACAAAUAAGUUGCAGAAAAAUUCCAAUACAGUGUCAUGGUAGUUUUUAGGGUUUAUAUUCUUGAAUGUUGUUUGUAAAAUGACUUUCCUCUAUUGUGUGUUUUGUUUUGGGGUCGGUCGGUCGUGGAGUUUUCAUCCAGGAAAACCGACCUCCGGAGAGAGUUGCCCAUGAGGUAGACCGCUGAAAUCUGUCUGGAGUUUUUAAACAUCUUUAUACUUUGUUUUCCUACAUAGUCAGCUCGCAAUUUUGCACUUAGUCUGAGGGACUGAUACCCCAUAGGCUUCAUGUAUUAUUCCCCUAAAAACCAGGGUUCUGAUUCGAUUUUAAGAUAUUGAUUCUUUGAUAUGAAUUUUCAUCAAGUUGAUGUUGAUUUCUAGUUCCUGAUUAUUUUCAAGACUUCAUUCAUUCAUAGACCUAUAUUUUUUAUGAAAAAUGUUGCGUGAAGAGCAAAAAUUAAUCUGGGGCAUUGGUCCCCUGUACAGACUGCAGUAACUCUGUCAGUCUCUGUAGUGAAGCAAGGCUUAGUCUAGUGAAAUCAACGAAACAGAGAUCAAAGCUUUCAGUCUUACCAUGAGGGAGCCCUCCUCAGGUCCUGUUUCAGAAAACUUUUUACAAUAACAAAUUUGCAAUAAAAGUUAAAAGCUACUGAAAUCCACCAAUCUGAUUGGCUGAUUGUAAAUUUGGUUGUAUAAAUUGUGCAUUUGUUAUUAUAACAAUUCUUUAUGAAACGGGACCCAGAUAGUCAUCCUUUUGCGAUAAUAUGAAAGUAUAAAUGUUUAAAUUUGUGUGAUAAGUUAGAGAGUGCCUGUUCAUAGAAUUGGUAUGAAAUAUCUCUCGAGAAAGAGCAUGUCAAAUGUCUCUGAUAUUACAAAAAUUUUGGUUCAAAUUUAAUGUCUGUAUUGAUUACAAUUCAACAUUUUGUCUUGAAUUUCGUAAGAAUUCAAGAUUUAAUUAAUCACCUCUCCCCCCCCCAUUUUUUUAAUUAAAUUUGAAUAAAAUCCAGUGUUAGACCUUCAUGGAAUUAGGUUUAUACAGGCACUUUGCUUUUCAUUCAUAUUUUUUUUCUUAUGUUAUUGAAAUGUUAAAAAGCAGCAAGAUAGGGAAGGGCAAUUUGUUUUAUGAAAUCUAAAUGUAAUAUUCUUGUAUUUAAUAUUUUGUAGAAUCAAAUAGAAAGGCUCCUCUAUUUUAACUAUAUUUUGUAUUUCAGAAUACCUUAGUUUAUUAGUUAUCGCUUGUUAUACUUUUAUUACAUGUAAUUGUCCAAAACGGCUUUAACUGACAGAUUUAUUUCGAUUCUGAUUUUUGUUCCCACUUUGAUAUCCAUUUCUUUUGGGUGCUUUGUAAACAUCAUUAAUCUAAUGUAAAUAGAACUUUCUUUUUUUUUUAUUUGAUAUUUAUUGCCUGUUGAGCUAUAAAUUUUCCUUCAAAAUUCUAAAUAAUUUCCUCGGAACUUGUCUCAAAAGAGAAGUUCAGGAGAGUGAAAAGAAAAACCUUGACUGCCCUUCUCUGACAUCACAAAGUGGCAUCAUUUUUUGUCAUGAGAAACAGGAUUAGACUAACCUUUUUUAUAUGAAGAAGAUUUUCCCUACAAUUUGAGACCAGUCUUUGUCACUCGAGUAAUAUGCUUUACAGUGAACCCCUCCAGAAAAUGAACAUAUUUAAUAGUGUUCAAAUUCUGCCAUCUUUUAGAUAUGUAAUUGUGAAGUCAGGUGAUAAAAUAUUUAUUCAAUAUAGUUUGUUUCUCUGGGCUCGCCGGACAUAGUAGCAUUGUUGUCUAUGUUUAACACUCCGCAUGAAGGAGUGCAUUUUUGGGUGGGGUUCACUUUCGAGCACCACUGUAGAUUAUGGAAAUUGUAUCAUUAAAUAUUGAAAUGAUAAUUUAUUACAAGUGUUUUGGUACCUGCAGAUCUGGGAACCUUUGAAGGGAAUUCUUGAAAUCAAGUGAAACAACCUAUCUGCACAUGUUUUCUUUCAUAAGUCUGGAGGUGUUUAUGUUUCUAUACUUCCUAAUAGGGAUAUUUUUUUUAUACUAAAUGACUGAGACUUAGGAUAAAAUUUUCUGGUAUUACAACCACCACAAAAAAAUGUAAAAAAAAUAAGUGCUUGUGGAUCUAAGAUUCAUGAUUAAUUCUUCAAAUUGUAUAAUAAACAUUUUCUAUAAACAUACAUGUACAUGUAGCAUGCAGUUAAUUUUGGUGAGUAAACAGUACAAUAAAAAGUACAAAACUGUUGUACACUGUACAUUGUAAAGACAAUUGCAA